AUGAAAGCCGCGGAAUACCACGAAAUCGAUCAGAAGGAAGCUUCUCUGUUCCCGACGAUCGAAUGGGACAUCCUCUCAAUCAAAGUCACCGAUGCGUGUGACAAGAGACUCAAUCUCCUUCGGAUGCACUCACUCGUUCGUGCUGUGGCCAGUCCUUUUCGUGGGAUGUGCAAUCUCGGCAACGAAGAUGCGAAGCGCAUCAGAAACUUGACGAAACGGGACUGCGCAAGCGCGGUGCUCACCCUCCAACAUGCGAGCCGUGAAGGCCUGCACUUCGUGAACAGGAAGAGCUUCGACUCCGACGACUCUUUCACCCCUCUCUACAACGUAGUUGGGUAUAAUGUACCGCCACAACUCGUAAUAGACGCGCUCGACGAAUACUCCUUCCUGCAGAGACACGUGGAUUUCGGCUGUUUUGUUUCCGUCGAUCGAGCGGAGCGUUUGAAUGAAGCGCUGGUGACGAGCAUUGAUGUCAUUUGCUGCCAAGCUCUCUUCAUCUAUGACAUGAUGUCACUCGACAGCGACGUCAUACAACAAUCACUGAUCGAAAGUUUGGUGGUAAAAGCCUCCGGCUACAAGUUCGGAGUUUUUAUCUUGAGUCGAUCGGCGAAGCGCGUCUGCUCGAUGUGUGGAGUAGCUCGGUCCGUUAUCGCUGGCUAUGACUUCACUUUCGACGCUCCCGAAAGGCUCGAAAUAUCGUUCGUAAACUGCACUCCGCAUUUCAUCGUGGGCUUGGAGAACUCGACGGGCGUGACCAGGUACUUCCCACUGCAUGGAACCGAAACCUGGCUACUCAACGACUCGGCUACGUAUUUGAACUUCUCGUACCGACUCACUGAAAACCGGGAAAAAGUUUGGGGGAGCCUUUCAGGGAAAGGCCGCAAUCGAUCGUGGAACGGAAUGGUGGGCGAUGUUUUCGCACGGACCGUGGACCUCGCCGUUACUGAAAUCAGCAAUACUUAUGCCAGAAGCCAGGCUAUACAGUACACUAGGAUGUUCGUGUGGGAGAAAUCUCUGUUCGUGAGCAAGAAAGGUUCGCAGAUCCCGUCUGCCUCGGCAUUGUGGUGGCCCCUGGAUCGACUCUCCUGGUUUCUGACUCUUGCCUCGCUCAUAUUCUACUCAUUGGCUGCAGCAGCCCUGGUUCGCUUCUACGACAAAACUUCGAUACCUCAGCUCAGUCGGGACAACAUCGUCCUGCCCAAGUUUCGCAAAUUACCUCCAGCAGACUUCUUCAUGCUGGUGUCGACUCUCGCAAGACAGUCGCACCUCGGUUACCGUGAAUACGAGACUCUAAGCUAUAAGGUGUUCAUGACGUGGUGGUGGAUUUUCGUACUGAUCAUGACGAAUGUUUACUCGAGCCUGAUUCUAUCGUUCAUGUCCGUCCCCGUGUUCCAGCCGGGCGUCGACACGUUCGACGAGCUCCUGCGUGAGAUGAAAGCAGGCAGGAUGACGGCUGGCGCCCAGAAAACAAGUUUCGGAAGUGCUAUUCUUCAGACCUACGACAAGCCUGUGGCCGAAUACAUCGAGGCCAACUUCUUCGGUCCGGAAUGGUUCCCGGAGGAGCGAGCGAAGGGGGUUUCCAUGGCCGCUGACGACAGCAUCAACUACGCUUUUGUGGACAUGCAGAAUUUCGUGACAGCAAUCAUACGUGCCAACAAUUGGCAGCAUAAGCUGCAGCUGAGUAAGAGUUAUUUCAGCGUGACCGGCAGUAGCUGGGUUCUUCAAAAGCGUUGCUUCAUGUUGUCCCACUUCAACGAUUUCAUACGCAGAGAGAUGGAGGGAGGUCUGAUCGCCCUGUACUUGGACAGGGCUCUCGCGGCUGGCAGCCAGGGCAAGAAGAUCGUGAAAGUUGCUGAAGCCAUAGAUUUCUCAGACGUAUUCAGUCACUACUGCCUAAUCGGUUACAUAGCUCAGUUUAUUGGUGAACGUGGCGGCACGAAAUUGGGCCUCAAGAUAUCCGGCGCCCUCUCUUACGCGGCGGAGAAAAUUAAUAAUUCGACGGAGCUUCUCGGAGACGACAAGGUAGAAAUCAUCUAUAAGGACGAGAGGGGUGAUCCCAUUCGAGCGACGCGCCUUGUCGUAGACAUGUACAACGCAAACGUCUCUAUGAUUGUCGGACCUGAAAAUUUCUGCAAAUAUGAAGCCCACGUCGCAACCGCGGUCAGACUGCCAAUUUUCUCCUAUAAAUGCAACGAUCCAACCAUCCGGCUCAAGGAGACAAAUCUUAUCAGUUUGGUGCCGUCAGAAAAAUAUGUGGUUAACAUGUUAAUCAAAUUGUUCGAGAGGUUCAAUUGGCGCAAGUUCACAUUGGUCUAUGAAGACGGCAAUAUGCGACCGAUACGGACGCAACUCCGACACUUCGUGGACUCCCAUCCAGAGCUGAAGUACGUCAUGAGGGAAGAAGUGUACGCGUCCCCUGGAAGUCACGGCUGCGACCCACUCACCAAGCGAUGCGGAAAUCAUGUUAUGGCUGAGAUCAUCAGAAGCACUAAAGAUGGGACACGAAUCUAUGUCAUGAUCGGAAACAUUUCGAAUUUGUCGAGCUUCGGGUUCACGCUCGCGGCCAUGGGCCUCACGCAGAAGAACGAGUAUAAAAUCAUCUAUAUCUCAACCGAGUUCUUCAUCGACGACGUCAAUGAGCUCCUCCAAUAUGGUGCCUCGCCGUUCACUCCGUGGUACAAGUACGGACAGAACAUAGGCAUGAACCAUGUGCUGGCCAUUGUUCCCCGCGCACCCAAGGGAGUCAUCAAGAACGAUCAGUUCGAAAACAUUGUGCGGGAGCACAAUCAAUCACCGACAUUCAAGCUGUCGUCUCCUCCGAACCUCGGCAAGAAGAAAAUAUCCAUUUUCGCCUAUUACCUCUAUGACUCCCUGAUGACUUGGGCUCAAGCCGUCACUGAGAUUCGGAAACAAAAGAAGGAUUGGGCCGACGGUGCCGUCGUCGCUCAGCACAUCCGCAAUACAACUGUCAUCCCGAGCUUGACGGGAAUAAAUUUGACUCUGGAGAAGGAUGGACACGUCGUUGGGGAAUACGAACUACUCAGCCUCGAUUACCCUGAGGAUCCUCGAUCGAAGGUUGGAAGGUUCAGCGUUAUCGGACGCUUCUCCGUGCAUAAUGAGACCGUAAAUCUCACCUUGAAGGUCGAUCCGUUCGGAGGCGCGGUGAUCCUGGACGAGCCGCUUUGUGGAUUCGACGGAGCUAAAUGUCCAUCCGAAAAGGAAUUCAUCCGGAAAAUAACUGCCGGCAUCCUCCUUGCUGUUUUUGCGGCGCUCAGCUCGGGAAUAUCGCUCUUGUACCGAUAUUGGGAGUACGAGCAAGAGAUCUCCGGUCUGCUGUGGAAGUUAGACCGGAGUGAGCUCAAUCCUUACAAAGGCGGCAACAUAUCGGCCUUCAGCAAGCUCAGCAUCGUGAGUCAGGCAUCGGGUAACUCUUUCGCUUUCACCCCAACCAACAAUUUGGAGAUAUGCCUUUAUCAAAGAACUAGGGUCGUCGUGAAAACGCUGCAACUCUCGCGGAAAACUGCCGGAGAUAUCCCGAGAGACAUGAAGAAAGAGAUGAAGAUGAUGCGUAGGAUGAGGAAUCCUAACGUGAAUCCUUUCAUUGGAGCAUAUAUGGCUGGACCGAAUCAGAUUCGCAUCUGCUCCGAGCACGCGCAUAAAGGCAGUUUACAAGACGUCCUCGAAGACGAAGAAGUCUUCAAGCUGGAUCACAUGUUCAUCGCGUCGAUAGUCACAGACCUAGUCAAAGGAAUCGAAUACAUUCAUCAGUGCCCGCUCAAAGUCCACGGUAAUCUAAAAUCAACGAACUGCUUGAUAACGAGCAAGUGGACGCUCCAACUAUCCGACUUCGGUUUGGUUGCAUGUCGCUACAAUACGGAAGAUCCUUCUGAUACAAUACAGUAUUUCAAAGGUCAACUGUGGCGCUCCCCACAGAUACUACGGGCUCGAAGAACAAAAGGAUUUGCGCACCCUACUCAGAGAGACGACAUCUACUCAUUCGCUAUAAUAAUGCACGAAAUCAUGAGUCGCAAAGGCGUUUGGGGCUCGAUCGGCUUGACCCCAGAAGAGAUCGUAGACAGAGUCUGCCAGAUCCUACCCGAAGGAAAGGAUCCUAUCAGGCCGCCCAUCGACGAUAUGCAGUGCCAGGAUUACGUCUUGAAGGUGGUCACCGAUAGUUGGCAUGAAUCACCCGAAGAGCGUCCUGAUAUCACGAGCAUCGCAACGAACUUGAAAGGAAUAAGACAAGGCUUGAACGACAAUCUCGUGGACAAUAUGGUGACGAGAUUGGAAAAGUACGCGAACAACCUCGAGGGGCUCGUCCAAGACAGAACGAAAAAGCUCGAAGACGAGAAGAAGAGAACAGAGAGAUUGCUUCAUCAAAUACUCCCCGAGAGCGUCGCUUUCCAACUCAUAGCCGGCAAUUAUGUCGACCCGGAAAGUUUCGAAGCCGUGACAAUAUAUUUCAGCGACAUCGUCGGCUUCACCGACAUGUCGUCAACCUCGACACCGAUGGAAGUUGUGGAUUUCUUGAACGACCUCUACACUCUGUUCGAUUCAAUCAUUCGGAACUACAACGUUUAUAAAGUCGAGACAAUCGGCGAUGCCUACAUGGUCGUGUCCGGCCUUCCGGAGCGCAACGGCGACGACCACGCGAGCGAAAUCGCUCUGAUGGCGCUCGAGCUCUUGGACGCAAUCAAAACGUUCAAAAUCCGCCAUCGGCCAGAGCAGCAGCUUAAGCUCAGGAUCGGUCUCCACACAGGUCCAGUCGUCGCAGGUGUGGUGGGACUCACCAUGCCUCGCUAUUGUUUGUUCGGAGACACGGUCAAUACGGCUUCUCGAAUGGAGUCUACCGGAGAAGCCCUCAAAGUUCAUGUCAGUUCAAAAACCAGAGAACUCUUAGAUUCGAUCGGAGGAUUCGACCUUGCCUGCCGAGGCUAUGUGGAGAUGAAGGGCAAAGGGGCUCAGUUGACCUACUGGCUGACGGGACAUCGCGAUGGAACCCCGAAGAGAUUAGAAGGACCAUUGCCGCCCGUGAAACCUCUGUACAACGGCCUCGUCCGGGAAGGCCAGGAGAGUCGACGAGCUUCGUUGAUUCCUCUCGGAGAUUCCACGAGAGCCAGAACGGCUGAGCUCUUACCAAAUGGGGGAGUCAAGAGCAGAUUGCCUCAUAAUAAUUCUCUCAUCACCAAACGGCCUUCGCAAACGAAAUUACAACAGCCGAAACAUUCCGCGACACCACCAUUCUUCAUUAACAUCGGGGAAGUCACGAACGAAGAUCAUCCGGGGACCAGUGCCGAAGAGGACGACGCCGGCAUAGUAUUUUCCGCCAGGGAGACCACCGUCUCCUUCGACACCAACGGCCCCACGAAAAUCAGGCGGAACGGUAGCACACUAAGUCGGGGCAACGAUGACAGCAUGGCUCCCCUGCUGCCGCGUCCCGUGCGCCGCGCGAAACUCGACGGCAACCUCGCACAACGGUGCCAUUCGUUGGACAAUGAACUUGCAUCCGGGGUCCCGGGCGAGAAUAGGACGGGCGAGAAUAGGGCGGGCGAAAGCAAGCCGAGCGGGAGCGGUACGGGCAGCCGCAUCAAGAGCGCCGUACAAGAGCUACUUAAUUUGAACAACAAUGGUGGCCAUGGAGAUCGGGAGAGCAUUGUGUAG